CGGAGACGACACGCAAUGGAACACAGGUCAUCCCGAGUAGUGGAGUCAGUCUGAAACGGGUGACUGUUACACUGUCAGUGCUGCAGCAGAGGAAAUGCCUGGUGGACACUUGUUAGUCAUUUAGCGAAUUGAUCUCUGAGGAUCUGUGUUUCUCUGAACAAAGUGCGUGGAAUAACUGAAGCUCCGUGACCCCCUCAGUGCGUCAAGAUGCUCGGGAUGAGUCGGAAUUUUACUUUGACAACAGUGGCAUUUGUUGUGCUGCUGACACGUGUGCUGUCCUUCAACGUGGACCAGAAAAAUGCUUUGUCAUUCAGCGGUCCACUGGAGGACAUGUUUGGCUACACUGUCCAACAGUUUGAGAACAGCGAGGGAAAAUGGGUUCUGAUCGGAUCACCGCUGUCGGGCCAGCCAGCAAGACGGACCGGAGAUGUCUACAAAUGUCCUGUGGGGAGGGGGAACAACACAUGUAUCAAACUGGACCUGCCCAAAAACACAACUGUUCUCAACGUAAAUGAAGUCAAGGAGAACAUGACCAUGGGAACCACACUGGUGACGAAUCCCAAUGGAGGAUUUCUGGCGUGUGGUCCUCAGUAUGGCUACAUGUGCGGCCAGCAGGAGUACAUCACAGGAGUUUGUGCAAAUGUCAGCUCUUCCUUCCAGAUCAUCAACUCUGUGGCACCGGCCGUGCAAGGUUGUGGGAAGGAGCUGGACAUUGUGAUGGUUCUGGAUGGAUCUAACAGUAUCUUCCCCUGGAGCAGUAUCAUCGAUUUCCUGCAACGCCUCAUCGGGAACAUUGAAAUUGGACCUAAACUCUCACAGGUGGGAAUAGUGUCCUACGGUGAGACUGUGACGCACCGGGUCAACCUGAGCCAGUUUGACAACACUCGUGAUCUGCUGGAAUUUGUCAAAGACCUUCCUCAGCAGACCGGCUUCAAGACCAUGACUUUCCUCGGCAUUGACACUGCCAGGAAAGAGGCCUUCAUGCCUGAGCGUGGUGCACGACCCGGCGUGAAGAAAGUCAUGGUGAUUGUGACUGACGGAGAGUCACAUGACUUCCAUAAUCUAGACAAAGUCAUCAAAGACUGUGACGAUGAUGGCAUCGAGAGGUUUGGCAUUGCAGUUUUGGGAGACUACAAUCGUCAGAACAAAAUGGCAGAAGAUGUGCAAAAGUUUAUCAAGGAGAUUGAGUCCAUCUCCAGUAAGCCGCUCAGAGAUCACUUCUUCAACGUGUCUGACGAGGUGGCGUUGUUGACCAUUGUUGACGCUCUGGGAAAGAAGAUUUUUGCCUUGGAAGCCACCACUGGCAAUUUCACCUCCUCCUUUGAGAUGGAGAUGUCCCAAGCUGGAUUUAGUGCACACAGUUCUAAAGAAGGUGUGUUACUGGGAGCAGUGGGGGCGUACGACUGGAACGGGACAGUUAUAAUGCAUACUGCAGGAGAAAAAAACGUUCUAGGGAAAAACCAGUUUUACGACCCAAAGACUGAAGCUGGGUAUGAGAGACUGGCUGGGUACACUGGCUAUGAUGUUCAGUCAGCAUCCACCCCUCAUGGCAUGCUUUACAUAACGGGAGCUCCACGGUACAACCACACAGGCCGGGUUGUUAUCUAUCGUCUGGGUGAAAUGAAAAACAUUGUCGUCUCACAGAUACUGUCAGGAGAACAGAUCGGUUCCUACUUUGGCAGCGUCCUGCAGACUGUGGAUGUGGAUGGGGAUUCCUACACAGACCUCCUCUUGGUUGGAGCUCCAAUGUACAUGGGCUCAGAAAGAAACGAGCAGGGACAGGUCUACGUUUAUAAAGUCGGCCAGGACGGCCAGUUUAAGUAUGAAUUCACGUUGAAGCCUGUCAACCAGUCCUGCUGUACCGCCCACUCAGCCAGCUGCACUAACAAAAAUGAACCAUGUGGCGCCCGGUUUGGCACAGCCAUCGCAGCAGUGUCAGAUCUCAACCUAGACGGGUUUAAUGAUGUGGCAAUCGGUGCACCGUUUGAGAACGACCACAGAGGAGCAGUCUACAUCUAUCAUGGAGAUAAGACAUCUCUGAAAGAGAAAUUUGUGCAGCGGAUCCCUGCAGGCGGAGAUGGUGAAAAGGUGAAAUUCUUUGGUCAGUCCAUACAUGGAGUCAUGGAUCUAAACGGAGAUGGAAUCACUGAUGUCACCAUAGGAGGUCUGGGAGGGGCUUCACUGUUCUGGUCCAGAGAUGUUGCAGAACUCCGUGCCAACAUGACCUUUGACCCCGUUAAAAUAAACCUGCAGCAGGCUCAGUACCAGUGUGAACAUAAUGGACGCAAAUCUGUGUGCGUGAAAACUGAAGUGUGUUUCAACUACACUAUCAAAUCUGACAAGCAGGACUUAAACUCUGCUGCAGAGAUCCGUUACCAUUUGACUCUGGAUGCUCUGCGUGCAAAAGCCAGAGCUUCAUUUAUUCACUCGGAUGACAAAAAUGAUCGUAGGAUUACCAAGUACCUCACCAUCAAAGACAAAGAGAGAAAGUGUGUGCAAGAGACCCUCAUGAUGUCGACCUGGCUGGAUUUCCGAGACCCUCUCAUGGUGUCUUUGGAGUUUAAACUAGCUGAUGAGGACAAAGGCCCCGUCCUGGAUGAGAGCCUUCCCAGAUCCAUCAAUAAGACAAUUCCCUUAGUGGACUGUGGGAGUGAUGAGAAAUGCAUUGCUGACCUCUCUCUCGAAGCGGAGCCUAGUGUAAAAAGCAUGGUGAUCAAAUCAAAGAUGGACAAGAUUGAUGUGAAAAUCAAGGUUAGAAACAGCAAAGACAACGCGUACAACACCAAAGUUAUCCUCAGCUUCACACCCAACAUCAACUUUAUUAAAGCAGAGCCGGAGAAGGAAUGCAAUCUGAAUAACACUAAAGUGGAGUGUGCUGUUGGAUACCCGUUCCUGGGAAGCAAUGUGGAGGAGAAUUUGAGGGUGAAAUUUCAGAUGAAUCCCAAACAUGUUAAGGAGGUAAUUCAGAUCAAUGUGACAGCUACAAGUGACAGUGAAGAGCUGGCCUCUACCCUGAAUGACAACACAGUGCUCAUCUCGGUCCCUGUGAAGUAUGAACCUGGACUCAUAUUCUCAGUGCGGCCUGUGGAUGGACACAUCAUAGUAAAAGAGGGUGAACAGUAUGCCACUGUGUUCAAUGACACCAGGAUGAUUGGAGAGGAGGUCAACGUCAGUUACACGGUGAAGGAGGCAGGCGAUGUGGUGACUCCACCCCUUGACCUUACUGUUACGUAUCCUCAACGGUCUCCUCGGGGGAACAACUUGCUGUACCUCACACAUGUCACCACCAGCCCAAAGGUGAAAUGUGACGCAGCGAGGUUGAUUAACCCUGAUCAAAUUAACCCAAGAACUAAAACCCCCAAUCCAAACAAAGAAACACUUAGUGUCUUCCUGUUGACCUGUUCUGCAGACCGUGAUGUGUACUGUCCAUCAUUUACCUGCACCCUCCCUGAGGCUCAGACCAGUCAGGUCAAUGUCACAUUCAGAGUGUGGAAACCUACAUUCAUUAAGGGGGAGUUUUCCAGUGUGCACAUGUUGGUGAAUGGUACGCUGGGGAUCAAGAACACAAACCUGUUUGAACUAAACAGCAAUGACAGGACCAGACUUGUGAAGAUCCAGGUUUCGAAGGAGAGUUUAGGAGGAAUCCCUAUCUGGGUCAUCAUAAUCAGCAUCCUGAUAGGACUGCUGAUCUUAGCACUUGUCAUCUUCGCUCUUUGGAAGCUGGGCUUCUUCAAGAGAAGAACCAAUGACUACACAAAGGACGAAAUAAUGGACUGAAGUAUCCAGACAGCAAGCAGCUCUGUGAGCGACUGCUUCCAGAGCCAUCAGGUCGCACAAGUGACACAGACAGUUGGACACACAGAGAAGAUGCCAAGACCCACAAACACCUCAGCGCUAAGACACAGGGGCUACCUGGAAAACACAAGUACCGUUCACUGUUUCCUUCGCAAGUCUGGGUUAAAUAAUGUUUGCAAAUACUUCCAAACUCUUGUUCUUUGCUGCUGUCAGCACUUGGCUACAACACUGGGCCAAUUCAGAUGGUCUCACAUACGGAGAGUUCUCAAAGAGAAACUUCCUUUUAAUUGUGUAACAUCUUCAGCACUCACUGUGUGCAUGAAAAACUCCAAGCAUCUGAGUCUCCAUGCAAAACAAAUGCUAAGAGGUAACUGCAAACAUUGUUUGUUCUUGGUCAUCUUCUUUCUAAAGUAAAGCCAGGUCAGUCAGUUCAAGAAGAGCAACCAGGAAGGAGGAAGACAUCACUUACCAUGCACCUUUUGGCAAAGUAGCAAAUAUCUGUAUUACAUACAGCAGUUUUGCAAAACCUUCAGAGCUACAAUAGCUGCACUCCAGCUUUAGAGGAAAAGAGCACUCAGGUUUUUCAGUGUGAACAUCCAAAGUCGCCUCACUUACUUUCUAUAUCAUUACAGCAGCAAUGUCCAAAGGUCUGUUUGCUUCUGAGACAAUAUGUGAACUUUUUAUGUGUUGGAGCAGUCUGUCUGAUAAUUUAGACUCUUGUGUUGCUUGAUUAGUUUUUCAAAACACUGUACCUUUUAGCGUUUUAUAUCAUUUUGUUUGACAUUUUUGUUGAGUUUUAGCAAUACGACAUGGCACAUUCUUCAUCCUUAAUGUUAAAAUGUUGGCUAAAGACACUGACCUGAACACAAGCUUUUUACUAAACAAAGGUGCAGCCUGUAUGCUUUUAUUUUUUAUACUUUUGAUCUUAGUUAACCAGUUCAACAACCAAAAAGUCUUGUCCCACCUCCUAUGUUAAAUGUUUGUAAUUAGUUUCACCUUGGUUAUUGAGGGAUACAGAGAGCUGCACCUUCAAAAUCCAAACCUUUGAUUGUACUGUAAAUAUAAGUAAGUCCUCAAAAAUGUAAAGCUUUAAAAUGUACAGAAUUGUGUUUGCUUUAAUUCGUGUAAAUUAAGAGAUGUUAUACACAAGUCUUAUCUUUUUUUGUGUGUGUGAUCAGUGGUCAGAGAACAUGAUUUUGCUCAGGUGCUACCAGUAUCAUGAAUGAUAACAUUAACAUUUGACGUACAGGAAAAUUAUCUGGCCUCUCUCACAAUUUCAAAGCUGAUGCAAAUAUGUAAAUAUUGUUAUAUUUUGAUGCGAAAGUGAAAGUAUAAUUAUUCUGUACUGAAACUAUACAUGAGAUGAGGGUUUGUAUCCACUACUUUGGUUUUAAGCCUGUUGAAUGACUGUGUUUUGAAUGCAGAGGCUUUAACAUGAUUGAGUUGAGAUACGACUGUAGCAUACUUCGUGUUCAACCUUUUUAAUUUGCAAAAUAGAGGGUAAUGUUCCUCCACCAUAGAAAUAUACAUGUAUGUGUCACUAUUCACCAGCAGUUUUCUCUGUUACCCUAAAGUAAAUGGGACUCACUGCUAAAUGGUUUGUUAUGUAGACAAGCUACAACAUGUACACAAAGCAUUGGUAUACUGUAGGCUCAUUGUCACCCCAUAUGCGGUACAAAGUACCUUACAAUUCAUUCAGGUUUUCUGUCUCGUUUUUGUUUCCAGAAGUUGCACGGUUACACAGUAUGUUAAAAGAGAUUAUAUUGUAUGUUGGGGAGACUGAGUUUCUUCUUCUUUCUUGACUUUUUUCCUCAUUGUUGUACAAUAAAGCUGAGGGAAGACAGCAAGAAGAAGAGCUUUUGAAUAUUUAAAUACUCCUCAGCACUCACUCUCCACUGUUAACAUGAAGCACAUGUAAUAAAUUGUAUGUACAGAAUGUGUAACUGUUGGUCAUUUUAAGAUUGUACGGCUGCAUCAGGCUUAUGCACGAGGGUGGAGUCAUGAGUCUCUCUUUGUCCACUUGCAUAGAAAGAGGUAGUUUCUCAGAGCUUACCCUCUGGUAAGCUCUGAGAAAGAGUCAAGAUGAGAGUAAGGCUCAAAGUGAGAGUUGUGAGCUCCAUCCCAGCCUUCUACACUGCUGUGAAGUCUUCAUUGUAAUGCACUGGUUUGUCAGACUGUAUGCGUCCUCAUCAGCACAGAAAUGAAAUGAAUCUUAUGUACAAAA